GUGGGACGGCCCGCGGCCUCUGAGCUCGCGCGACGCGGCCGGGCGGUGCGGUGCCUUCCGCCCUCUGCAGCUGUCUGCAUAUUUUUUCUUUCUUUUUCGCAAUUUUGAACAUUUAACAAGACGAGGGGUUCGAGGCAAGUGAGAGCAUCCUGCACGUCGUGGAAGAGCCCGCGGGCACUUGGCGCGCUCUCUGGGGACUGCACUGGGAGCCCGAAAGUUUUUUGUUUUUAUAUUUUUACGCAGAUGUAUUUAUAAAGACAUAAGUAAUUUUUUUUUCUUCCCUGUCUGCACCGCCUUGAAAGCGAGAACUUUUGGCAAAGGACGGAGGAAAAAGCUCAGCAACAUUUUUGGGGGAGGUUGGGUUUUUUGUUUUUUUUUUUUUAAGAAAAAAAAAAUUUGAGUGCAUCGCGAUGGAGAAAAUGUCCCGACCGCUCCCACUGAAUCCCACCUUUAUCCCGCCUCCCUACGGCGUGCUCAGGUCCUUGCUGGAGAACCCGCUGAAGCUCCCCCUUCAUCACGAAGACGCAUUUAGUAAAGAUAAAGACAAGGAAAAGAAGCUGGAUGAUGAGAGUAAUAGCCCGACGGUCCCCCAGUCAGCAUUCUUGGGACCCACCUUAUGGGACAAAACCCUUCCCUAUGACGGAGAUACUUUCCAGUUGGAAUACAUGGACCUGGAGGAGUUUUUGUCGGAAAAUGGCAUUCCCCCCAGCCCGUCUCAGCAUGACCACAGCCCUCACCCUCCCGCGCUACAGCCGGCUUCCUCAGCUGCCCCCUCCGUCAUGGACCUCAGCAGUCGGACCUCUGCACCCAUUCACCCUGGCAUCCCAUCCCCAAACUGUAUGCAGAGCCCCAUCAGACCAGGCCAGCUGUUGCCAGCCAACCGCAAUACUCCGAGCCCCAUUGACCCUGACACCAUCCAGGUCCCGGUGGGCUAUGAGCCAGACCCGGCCGACCUUGCCCUCUCCAGCAUCCCCGGGCAGGAAAUGUUUGACCCUCGCAAACGCAAGUUCUCUGAGGAAGAACUGAAGCCACAGCCCAUGAUUAAGAAAGCUCGCAAAGUCUUCAUCCCAGAUGAUCUGAAGGACGACAAGUACUGGGCGCGGCGCCGGAAGAACAACAUGGCGGCCAAGCGCUCGCGUGAUGCGCGGCGCCUCAAGGAGAACCAGAUCGCCAUCCGCGCGUCCUUCCUGGAGAAGGAGAACUCGGCGCUGCGCCAGGAGGUGGCCGACCUGCGCAAGGAGCUGGGCAAGUGCAAGAACAUCCUGGCCAAGUACGAGGCCCGGCAUGGGCCACUGUAGGCCGGCGUCCGCGGGCGGCCUCAGGCCCCGGACAGGGGUCUCCUGGUUGAUCGCACCGCACCUACCGACCUUUCUGACAUCAGCACUUUACCAGACGCAUCAACAGGAUGGACUCACAUUUUGGCGUGGGUCUCGGAAAGAAGUCAGUUAACAUCACCCAAAAGCACAAAAUGGAUGUUAGUCAAAUAUUUAUUGGAUGAUACUGUGUUUUUUAGGAAAAGCAUCUGCCACAAAAAUGUUCACUUCAAAAUUAUGAGUUCCUGGAAUGGAACAUCACUGCAAGCAUCCCAAACAAUUCUGUUCUCCUCUGUGGGCACGUGCAUCUUACGCAGUAUAAGGUUAAUAUUGGUGCUAUGUGUAUGGUUUAUAAUUUGAUAGAUGUUUUGACUUAAAAGACGAUUGUUCUUUUGUUUCAGUAACUUGUGUCAAGAGAUUCUGCUGUUGUUGCAAAGAAACAUUUUCCGCAAGAUUAAAAUACCCUUUCAUCAGUGGGAUUUUUCUAGUUUCCUGUGUCCAGAGUAUGUAAUUCUUUAGUGACCUGGUGGUCUCCUUGUCAAUCCAUCAGCAAUGCCUCUCUCAUAGUGUCAUAGUCUUGGGAAAUCUGAAUAGUAAAAUAUUCCUGCUAGGUAUCCAUUUUGUCCCAUGCUACAGAUUAUGAUGGGAGAUGGGAGAGUAUUGGAAUUGAAAUACAUUGUUCAGGUAAAUAACCAAUAAAAUAAACAAGACCUUUGGCAAACUUAAACAGAACUGAAUAAGUGUUAUUCAGAGAAACCAGUGGGCAUGGAGUUGGCCUUUUUAUAGGUAAAGAGGCUAAUUGCAGCAGAAUUGUUAAAUCGUCACUAAAACAGAAACAAAUGACAUCUUUAAGUGGAGAAGUGUUGAAGGAUUGUACUGAAGACCAUCUAAAUUCAUUGACGUUUAAAAUGGUAGCUGAAAAAACUGUAUUUGAGUACUGGUCUUUCUGAAAUUAGGUUGUGUAUAUCAAAUGAGCAUCAUAAAUGUUUUCUGCAGAAGAAAUCAGAAAAUCAUAAUAAAACAUUCUUUGGCGUGCCAGGGGAGGUUUCAGAAACCGACCUCGUCUUAAAAAUUUAAAAACUUGGGAGUCUGUACAGGUGCCUUAUAUGUAGGUCAUUGUCACCACACACAUGAGCACUCAACCCCUGGACUCACUGCCUUCUGUCCAGGGCAGUCAACUAGUAAAUAAAGCAGUUCUGCUAAACGGUAUGGGAAGCCCAGCCCAAUGUGGAAUGACUUGGCUCAUCCAGGGUCAAAUGAGUUCUGCAGACUGAAGCUAUUAAAAGAGUCCUGUUGUAAUUUUUCACCUUUUCAUCAUAAGCAUCUUUCAGAGACUAAUUACUUGGCCAUUAAAAAUGAAUCCAAAUCAUAUUAUGCCAACAUCAUUUAGACAUGAUUUGGAAUGAGCGGCCUAGGACUUCCUGACAAGGUCACAUCAUUUCUUUUGACUAGACUUGCAAAGAAAGGCAAAAAUUGGUCAGCCUAUCCUGCUUGUGCCGCCUUGAGGACAUAGGUGGGGCAUGGGAGGGAGGUAAGUGAUCACUUCCUCCCCUUGAGAAAGUGGCCACUUUUGACCAUUCAAAACCCACAGCGGGCAGGAUAGUGACAGGCCUUUCAUCUUCAAAUACAACAGACCACUGUGAAACUGUCCUUUGAAGCAGGAGGACCAUUUGUUUGAGGAGUGUGCAGACGGAAUUCUGGCAUUGGGUGGGGAGGAAGCUGUAUGAGAAAGCCCAGAGGUUCCUUCCAACUCACCAGUUGUGUGAGGGAACUCACAGUAAUUCUAAAAGUACAUUUGAAAAGUCUUGAGUCUGUUUUCAGAAGAGUCAAGAAGAAUUUUAAGUAGAGUCCUACCAACCUCCCACUCCCACCCCAAAGUAAAACAAAGGUCAUUCUGUAAAACGCAAGAAGUUUAUCCACUAUUCCCCUAAUGUUCCUUUUAGGAAAACUCAAACUUUAUCAGCGUUAAUCAGACCAAUCCCAGAAGGUGGUAGACACCUGCUCUCGGUCCGCCAGCUUCCUGCUGAGGGCUUCUAGGCCCCCACUGGGAAGGCCAAGAUCUUCCUCUAGGUUUUCUCUACAAUAACAAUGUCAUUUUUAAAUGAGCAAAGCCAUGUCUUCAAUCUUGAUGCAUUGGAUUUGGCAACUAAAGUGAGUACAUUUUGCAGAGGGCCAAGUGUAUGUAGAGGAAUGUGUGUGUGUGUGUGUGUGUGUGUGUGUGUGUGUGACUAGUUAAGGCAUAAAAUCUUUCAUUUUGGAGCACCUUACCGAACAUAACAAUAAUAACCGUUAUCCUUUUGGCAACACCACAAAGAUUGCAUCUGUUAAACAGGUACAAGUUCACUUGAGGUCAGUGUAAUUGUACACCAUGGUAUUGGUGGUGUUUAUUGCUGAUAAGUCCAAACCUUUAUCUGUCUGUUAUUCUUAAUGUUUAAUAAACUUUGGAUU